UUUCGUGCAUUGUUUUUUUCCCCUUUGUGAAGGUCAGUUUCUCCACAGUUAUUCCAAUUACAGACCCCUGGAGUCAUUAACUCUCGCUGGAUAGGGCCCUGCCAUUGCUCUCAAGAGGCUGUGGUGUCUGCGACGUAGACAUUUAAAGUGACUUUGCUCCAGCCUCCCAGCCCGACUUUCUGCAGGCGGAGGUGCGCUCCGGUUUCCUGGGAGGAAAUAGCUGCGGGGAGCGAGGGACAGCGUGGGCUCGCAGGGCGGGAUCGAGGGGUGUGCAUCUCUGUGGUGCGUUGAGAUCGCUUCUCCCGUGGGGACCAAGGGUUCGUCUACGGAGCUGGAGCCAGGAGCGGCGUGGGAAAAGUGCGCGACUCCUGUCGGGAGCUGCCUGGGGCUACAGCAUCACAGCUAGACAGGGUCUCACACUCGAGUCCUCUGAAAACUCAGCCUUCUCGGAAGGAGGAGCCGGAGGGCAGGGGACCGCGGGGCGGAACUCUUGUCAGCCGAGGUGGGAAGGCGCAGCUGCUAGCCAAGGCUCUGACCUCCUCUGAGCUCCUCCGGUCGCUCGCAGGAUCUUCCCGACCCUGCAGGACUUGGCAAACUCCAACCUCCGCUCCCAUUAGUUCCCCCACCCCCAUCAAAUCUCCUCCCUCAGGGUCCCCCAUCCAUCUCACUCUGCAGAAUUUAUCGCUGCUUCCAACACCUUUUUGUAACACCCCAGUUAAGUUCCCUUAGCUGAAUUUGACUUUUGUUUUUAUUUCUCCCUGGCUUCCUCUUCUGCCCCCUCAUCUGAUUGAUGUGCGAAGGCUGAUGUCUCUGCCAGAGCGAGAGGAAUAAAUAGAUGCUGCCUCGUCUAGAGGCUUAGACUCUCGGGAAGAGCAGCCAGCGGAGCAAGGCACCGAGCUCCGCCAGGCUCCUGGACCGGACCUGGGAGGACUUGGAUCCAAGAGUACUGUGGUUGUCCCGGGGAACGGCUGUUCACCCCUCCGGACCGCAGGAGGAGAAUCCAGAACGCGCCUCUCCGGUCCAUCGCCCGGCUGCGCCCUGCCCCAUCCAUCCUGCUGGGACCAUGGUCUGCCGCGGCCCGGGACGGAUGCUGCUAGGAUGGGCCGGGCUGUUGGUCCUGGCUGCUCUCUGCCUGCUCCAGGUACCCGGAGCCCAGGCAGCAGCCUGCGAGCCUGUCCGCAUCCCCCUGUGCAAGUCCCUACCCUGGAACAUGACCAAGAUGCCCAACCACCUGCACCACAGUACCCAGGCUAACGCCAUCCUGGCCAUCGAACAAUUCGAAGGGCUGCUGGGCACCCACUGCAGCCCGGAUCUUCUCUUCUUCCUCUGUGCCAUGUACGCACCCAUUUGCACCAUCGACUUCCAGCACGAGCCCAUCAAGCCCUGCAAGUCCGUGUGUGAGCGCGCCCGACAGGGCUGCGAGCCCAUCCUCAUCAAGUACCGCCACUCGUGGCCGGAAAGCUUGGCCUGCGAAGAGCUGCCGGUGUACGACCGCGGCGUGUGCAUCUCUCCGGAGGCCAUCGUCACCGCGGACGGAGCCGAUUUUCCUAUGGAUUCGAGCACUGGACACUGCAGAGGGACAAGCAGUGAACGUUGCAAAUGUAAGCCUGUCAGAGCUACACAGAAGACCUAUUUCCGGAACAAUUACAACUAUGUCAUCCGGGCUAAAGUUAAAGAGGUAAAGAUGAAAUGUCAUGACGUGACCGCCAUUGUGGAGGUGAAGGAAAUUCUAAAGGCAUCACUGGUAAACAUUCCAAGGGAUACCGUCAACCUGUACAGCACCUCUGGCUGCCUCUGCCCUCCCCUCAGUGUUAAUGAGGAGUAUGUCAUCAUGGGGUAUGAAGAUGAAGAGCGCUCCAGGUUACUCUUGGUAGAAGGCUCUAUCGCUGAGAAGUGGAAGGAUCGGCUUGGUAAGAAAGUCAAGCGCUGGGAUAUGAAACUCCGUCAUCUUGGACUGGGUAAAACUGAUGCCAGCGAUUCCACUCAGAAUCAGAAGUCUGGCAGGAACGCUAAUCCCCGGCCAGCGCGCAGCUGAAUCCUGAAAUGUAAAAGGCCACACCCACGGACUCCCUCCUAAGACUGGCGCUGCUGGACUAGCAAAGGAACACCGCACGGUUGCACUCGCGACCUCCUGUUUACCACAGACACCGCGUGCCAACUGAUGUUACUUCUGGUUCCUUUUCUCCUGCUUCUUAAUAGCCUGGGGUUAGAUUCUUCUAUAUGUUCUAUAUCCUGUUUCACCAACCAUGUGGGAACUGUUCUUUUGCAACCAGAAUAAUAAAUUAAAUAUGUUGAUGCUAAGGUCUCUGUCCUGGAGUCCCGGGUUUUAAUUUGGUGUUCUGUACCCCGAUUGAGAUGCAGUAUUUGAUGUAAAGAGAGAAUUCUGGUAAUAUCUCAAGAACUAGAUAUUGCUGUAAAGCAGACUCUGCGGCUAUCCUUGAAGCCUUGUGUUUGUAUGCCUUUGGGCAUUUCCCUCAUGCUGUGAAAGUUCUAAAUGUUUAUAAAGGUAGAAUGGCAGAUUGAAAUCAGACACUGCACAAGCGGAGCGGGGCAACACCGGGAAGCAUUUAUGAGGAAAUGCCACACAGCAUGAAUUAUUUUCAAGAUUGGCAGGCAGCAAAAUAAAUAGUGUUAGGAGCCAAGAAAAGAAUAUUUUGCCUGGUUAAGGGGCACACUGGAGUCAGUAGCCCUUGAGCCACUGACAACAGUGCUCUUCUGGCAAAGUCUUUUGAUUUGUUCAUAAAUGUAUUAACGGACAUUAGAGAAAAGCUUAUAGCUAGACUUCUGUUGUUAUCACUGUAGCUCUGCUUCCUUCUAAAUAAAGCUCAUUGUUGGACGCCCCACCUCCAUUCAGAAAUAAAUUUGGCUCGCUGUAUUGACCAGGAAAAGAAAGCACUGAAGUAUGCAUGUGUGCACCAGGGUGUUAUUUUAAAGAGAUGUGUAACUCUAUAAAAGACUAUAGUUUACAGGACAGUGAAAUGUGCACAUUUGUUUUCUUUUUUAUUCUUCUUUUUGCUUUGGGCUUGUGAUUUUGGUUUUUGGUGUGUCUGUAUUUUUGGGGGUGGGUGGUUUAAGCCAUUGCACAUCCAAGUCGAACUAGAUGAGUAGACUAGGCUCAUGGCCUAGACCUUAUGAAUUGAAUUUGUGCUGUUUAAUGCUCCGUCAAAAUGUCUAAUAAAAGGAAUUAUGGUUGUCGGGAGAGACAACAACAACAAAAAUGUUUUUCUUACUCAAGCUGCAGUGAAACCCCCGAUGGCCCAUGGGGAACUCAUGGUGCCUUUUCUUCCUUCCUGCAGUGGGGAUCUUUAGAGCAUGUGCCAAUCACCUAAAAGUCUCAUUCCUUGCAGCUUACGCAUGUGGUAGUAGUGGAUCCAAAUUCCUAAGCUAUGGUGUGCUGAAAAUAAAGCAUGUAUGAAGCAAA